GUUGUCGUUCGGGCCCAGGUGAAGCUGUAGUUGACCGGUAACAGCUCCGCAGCUCGGCGGCCAUGGCUCAGCAGAGAGGAGUCAACAGCCUGCAGUUCAACCAGGACCAGAGCUGUUUCUGCUGUGCUAUGGAGACAGGGGUCAGGAUUUAUAACGUGGAGCCCCUGAUGGAGAAGGGCCACCUGGAUCACGAGCAGGUAGGCAGCGUGGCCCUGUGCUCCAUGCUGCAUCGAUCCAACCUGCUGGCCGUAGUCGGAGGAGGAGUCAAUCCCAAGUUCUCAGAAAUAUCUGUGCUGAUCUGGGACGACGCUCGGGAGUCACGAGACCCCAAAGACAAGCUGGUCCUGGAGUUUACCUUCACUAAACCUGUUCUGGCUGUUCGCAUGAGGCACGACAAGAUCAUCAUUGUAUUGAAGAACAGGAUCUAUGUGUACAGUUUUCCAGACAACCCUGUCAAACUUUUUGAGUUUGACACCAGAGACAAUCCCAAAGGUCUGUGUGAUUUAUGUCCCAGUCUGGAGAAACAGCUGCUGGUCUUUCCAGGUCAUAAGUGCGGCAGCCUGCAGCUGGUUGAUUUAUCCAACACCAAGCCCGGAACAUCAUCUGCCCCUUUUACCAUCAACGCCCACCAGAGCGAGAUCGCCUGCGUGGCCCUGAACCAGCCGGGCAGCGUGGCAGCGUCCGCCUCUCGCAAAGGAACACUCAUCCGCCUGUUCGACACCACGACCAGAGACAAACUGGUGGAGCUGCGCAGAGGAACCGACCCGGCCACCCUCUACUGCAUCAACUUCAGCCACGACUCGUCGUUCCUCUGUGCCUCCAGCGACAAAGGCACCGUUCACAUCUUUGCUCUGAAAGACACCAAACUCAACCGCCGCUCAGCACUGGCUCGUGUUGGGAAGGUGGGUCCUGUGAUUGGUCAGUACGUGGACAGUCAGUGGUCAUUGGCCAGCUUCACUGUGCCGGCGGAGUGUGCCUGUAUCUGUGCCUUUGGAAAGAACACGUCCAAGAACGUCAACUCUGUCAUCGCCAUUUGUGUGGACGGGACCUUCCACAAGUACGUGUUCACCCCCGAUGGAAACUGUAACCGUGAGGCCUUCGACGUGUAUCUGGAUAUAUGUGAUGAUGAUGACUUCUGAGGGCAGAGAGAGAGAAACCAGUUUAAAAACACCACUGGACGAUCAGUUAAUGAUCACUGCUCUGUCCCAGAGACAGACCGGAGACUGAGAACCAGAGACGUGUGGACGGACACAGACUUGAAGUCCCUUCGUUUGUAAUCAGCUGUAUCUACAGUACAUAGCAGUGUGAACACACAGUUUUCUAUUAGCCUGAAUCCUUGUUGCAUUAAUUUAAAGAGAAGUGAACCCUUUACAAGAAAGACAAAAAAAAACAAAAGACAGAGCAACAGCUGUGAAGUGCAGACAUAAGGAAACAGGCCACAACGUGAAAAGUGUAAAAUCUGAUGUUAAACUGUACAAAGCUGCUGGUUUUAGUUCUGUUUGUCAGAAAGUUAAAGUCACAGAGAAAAUAAAAACUCAUUUUUCUAAGAAAUCAG